AUGAAGAAAAAAAAACAUGAUAAGAAGAUUGUUCAAAUUCGCGUUCUUCGAUCUAUUGCACUUUUAUUCAACACUAAAGGACAAGAACACAUGGCUUCUAUUCUUCAAUUUGGUAAAUCACUUUUCUCGGCGCGUCACACUUCCAUUACUGAUGCAGCUAGCCGACCAUCGUUUUACGAUCGUCAAUUUACCGAUAUCAAAGGUCAACCAUUGAACAUGGAUCAAUUACGCAACAAAGUUAUUUUACUUGUGAACACAGCUAGUGAAUGUGGAUAUACACCACAAUUAUACACAUUACAAGAAUUACAAGACAAAUACAAAGACCGAGGCUUCACUGUUUUGGGUGUUCCAUGCAAUAAUUUUGGCAAACAAGAGCCCGGUGAUGAGCCACAAGUUUGUUCAUUGUAUGAAAGUAAAUUCAAAACGAGUUUUCCAUUGACAACUAAACAAGACAAAGAUACACCAACUGAAGUUUUUCAAUGGAUCAUCGAUGCUGGUGGUAAAGAUAUUUUACCGCAAUGGAAUUUUCAUAAAUAUUUGAUUGAUCGACAAGGCCAUCUCGUUGCUGCAUGGAAUAGCCGAGUCAAACCUACAGAUGAAGAAAUUACCAAGGCAAUUGAAGCAAUUCUUUAA